CGUAACCGCACUUUAUUUUCGUCACGGUCAACAAGCAAAGUUGUCCUUUCUUUGAUUUUAACUCCUCCUUUUAAAAAGCAAAACAUGGAGGAAGGGUAAUGAUUGUAUAGCUGCACUACUUACUGUAUACAUUCAGUUACCGAUAAAAACUAAAUUAUCUGUUGGAAUCUACCUGGAAUCUACGGUCAAAAGAGACGUUUCGCUAGUAUUGGGACAACUCUCUCUCUCGCCCUUCGUCGUAUGGAAGUUCUAUCCACCAUGAGUCAUGACCAUGAAAAAACUGAUGGAUUUCAGCGAUGUGGAAUGAAACUUGAAAGUCCGUCAGUGGAGUUGUAAUGCUACACACCCGUCGAACUCAACUGCUUGACAACAAUCAGCAAAAGUUUCAAGCGAAAUAAACUCUCUAGUCAUCAACAGCUAUGGCAUCCGGGAUCGAUAAGCGAUAUAAAGGUGUCACUCGUGCAAAGUGCUGCGCCCAUUUCUUCAACCUCGUACUCAUGAUCAUUGCUUCAGCUGCUAUCGGGGUCAGCGUUUGGAUCUUUAUCACAAUCUGGCAACACCCAGCCAGAGAGGGCGCUCUUCACAUUGUCGGCAUAUUCUACUACGUGUGUAACAUUGUGCCAGCAGGAGUGGGCAUCAUCGUACUGUUGAUUGCUUUUAUUGGCGUGUGUGGACUGUGUUCCAUGCACAGAUGUACCCUACUGUGGUAUUUCAGUCUCAUCAUCGUGGCGUUUGUUCUCACAAUUGGAGGCGGUAUUUUCAAUUUCAUAUUUUAUUUUCAGCUGCAGGGAAAUAUUGCCAGUAGUCUUCUGACGAAUGUUAAGGAGGAGUAUGGAUUGUACGGGUUUGAAGAACUGACCAAAAGCAUCGAUUCCGUUCAGAUUCAGUUUGAGUGUUGUGGAAGCCUGUCAUACACAGAGUGGAUAACAAGCGAAUGGCAUCGUAUUGAAGGGUUGUCACAUUUUAGGGACAGGGACGUCCCGACCAUUCCACCGUCCUGCUGUACGAUGACGUCCAAUAACAUGAACGCGCCGAUGCCAAUGAACUUAAGUCUUUGCUCGGACCGUGAUUUGACGACCUAUCCCAAUAAGUACAUGCAUAGUCAGAACUGCAGCGAGUUGUUAUACAAGUGGUUGGAACUCUUCACAAAAAUACUUGCUAUUGCUUGUGCUGCUCUGUUUUUAGCGGAGUUGAUGACAGUCGUGGCUUUAGCUGUGCUCUUUCGGCGUCUUGGACCCGUCCGUUAUGAAGAGAAGAAAUUGAUGAACCGAUUACAAGGGGAUCCUGACUGGGAGAAAAGACACAAGAGGAGGCGGUGAAAUAAUCUAUCUUUACCUAAAGAAACUAUAGGACUAGCUUCAGAGCCGAACAACACCUGCUGGAGAAACAAACUAUUACUGCCGGAUGCGGUUAUGUUAUUAAGAACCAAACAAUACCUGCAAGAUUUGGAUGUGUUUACAAUUAAACAGUACCUGCUAGUGCUAGAUGUGGCUAUGUGAAGAACCAAACAAUACCUGCUGGAUUUGGAUAUGUUAAGAACCAAACAAUACCUUCUACAUGUAGAUGUGGAUACGUUAAGAACCAAGCAAUACAGGCUGCUGGAUGUGGAUAUGUUAAAGAAACAGCAUUAUUUCUGCUGGAUGUGGAUACGUUAAGAACCGAACAAUACCUGCUUGAAUGUGGAUAUGUUAAGAAACAAAUUAUUUCGGCUAGAUGCGAGUAUGGUAAGAACCGAACAAUUCUGGUUCCAACAUCAGUUUCUUGUUAUUUGUGAAAGUGCCAAAAUGUGUACGGAGGUGAUGACUCAAUGUUUAUCAGUGUUUGAGAAGCAGAAAUGAGAAAGGAUUACCCUUUUUGUUUUACCCCAGAAAAAACAUCAAGUUUGUCAUUCAAUAGCUGGAAAGUGAAAAGCAAUCAAAGCUACCAUAUAUAUAUCAGCCACUGCACUCAUUAUCAUUUUCCUACAGUUUCCAACUGCCAAACAUCAUGCCUGUUGUGAAGGCACCAGGGCCCAAUUUUAUAGAGCUGCUUAGCACCAAAAUUUGCUUAGCAUGAAACAUCUUCCUUCAUAAA